GGGCGAACGGCAGCAGACGACAACUAAUUUGCUACACAUCCCACGGAGGAUUUUUACCUUUACCAAAGUAGAAUCUGGUCGUGUAUCCACCUCAGGUACCCACAAGUCCACACGGCAGAACAACAACAAUGUUACCAAGAAGAAAACAUCACGGAAGAUGUGAAAGAUGCGCUGACGUCACCCGCCUGGAGUACACACACGCCGACUGUGCUUUUGGACGAUUAAUUCUGACGACGUGCCCGAGGCUCUGAGAAUGACUCUCCCUCUUCAGUUAGACUAGAAAUACCUCAUUAGGGUUUAAGAUGAUAGAUUACUGGCCUGGAAUCGAGUGCAAGAGGGGCUUUAAUUAGUGAAAUAAGACUCGCCUGCAUCUGGAACACAGCUCGGGCGCCGACCACUCAGAGCGUGUGGAUCGAAGCAAGAGGUUAUGUGUGUAGAGAGUUGCUUGGCAACAGUGACGCUAAGGGGGUUAUUCUCGCUGGAUUUACACGUCUAUACGGUCAACCAAACACGAAACAUGGCAUCCAACACACCCAGUCGAGCAAACAGUCAGAAACCAACAGCCUCUACAUCUCGUACUGACACACAUAGACAGUCAUAUAAGCCUCCUCGGACCGACACUCAGAGGCAGUCACUCAACACCACUCGUUAUGACCCAAACAGACGUUCAUUCAACACUACGUCGCGAGCUGACCCCAACAGAAGAUCUUUUAACAUCACUCGUACAGACCCGAAAAGAAGGUCAUUAAAUACGACACGAACAGAUCCUAAGAGAAGGUCACUCAAUACUCCCCGCACUGACCCCAACAGGCGAUCGUUCAAUACAUCACGUACCGAGCCGAAUAGACGGUCCCUAAACACAGCCCGUACUGACCCCAACAGAAGGUCAUUCAACACCCGUACUGACCAUAAUAGACGAUCAUUCAAUACUCAGCCGAUCGCUCACAGACAAUCUUACAAGUCCCACCAGCCCACGGAAGUACCCAUCACUACUACUACUGAAGAAGGUCAGGAGGCAGGCGGUAUGGGAGUGCUGACGCCUAAGUGGGUGGUAAGACUGUCAGCUAGCCUGGCCAUCCUCGGCGGCGCCUUCCUCUUCUCCAGCGUCAGCGUCCUAACUAACAGCUUCGGCCAGUCAACCCGCGGCGGUGACGGGCCUGACAAGACUACCGGCAUUAUCUUCAUGACCAUUGGCGGUGUGUCCUUGGUGGUGUCGCUCGGUCUGGGCUACUUCGGCUGCAGGAAGCGGAAGAAGAAGGACGACGACAACGGGAGCGACAGCGGGCGGCCCCUCAACUUCGCUCCAGCGCUCUCCACGACUGCCGACAUGUUCCCGUGGCCUUCUACUCCCUCCCAUCAACAACCCUCCGGCUCCCCCUACAGCACCCCAGCUGCAGGUCAACCACCGUCCUUCCCCAGUCCAUUUGGCGGGGAAUCGUCCCGCUCUUCAAAUCCGUCAGGAGAACCCCAGGUGCCCCACUGCUCUCAGGGGCGAGGAGGACACACCCAAAAGGCGUCUCCUCAAGGACCCCAGAAGCAGACUGAGUUACCGGUGGUGUCCUUGCCACGACCAGCGUCCCCAGACCCCGGUCCCUCCCACGCAUCCUAGAGUCCUCCUGGGGUGUAGAAGGUGCUAUACUCUAGCGUCCAUACUGGCCUUCUCAAUGGCUCUUAUCUGUGAGAACAUUUUCCUACGCGGGUUUUGUAUUUGCAUGAAAUAUUUCUAUUCUUCUAUAUCUUAGGCACCAUUGUUGAUGAUCUUUGUUGAGCUGAUGAUGAUAUCUUCUCAAAUCAUCCAUAACACACACACACACACACACACACACACACA